AUGUGGAAGGUAAUUCAAGGUCAGCCUGUUAGAGCUGUAGGUUUAUCCAUCGUGUGGAAGCCCGGUGGCAAUACGGUCGUGGCCCAACGAGUAAUCAGUAGUGAGGGCAACAAGUAUUUCCAGGAUAAAUUACCGUUCGGGCGUCUGGCUAUCUGGGACGGUCAGGUUCGCGUCGAACUGCAAAUGAGCAUUAGUUUGGGCUGUGUUCACAAUUUCGUAAUUCAUGUGUUCAGUCCGCCAAACAACAAAAAGUCUAAGGCCGUUGCAUAUAAAAGUGAUUUAACAACUUUUUGA